CAACAAACGUCUGAUAAGACAGCUCCGUUGCUCCAUACGUGGGAUCCUUUUCAUCCCAGACGCGCCUCCAUUUGGAGGAGCGCGUUCGCCGCCAUGGUCUACGACUGGGCUGGCAAGCGGGACAUCUGCUACCAGCUGUACAUUCAGGAGAAAAAACCCCUGGAGGAGAUUAUGGAGUAUAUGCGGAACGCUUAUCAGUUUGCACCAAGCAAGCGCGCGUAUCAGACCCAGUUCAAGCGAUGGGGAUUUCCAUCCAAACAGAACCCAGCACACAAAAAUGUCGAGCUGGUCGCUCGAGUCAAGGAGCUUUGGGAACGGAACACGAACCAACGCGAUAUGCUUCGUCUGCUUAACGACGAGGGGUUUGAUAUCAAGGAGCGCGAAUUGAUGCGUGUGCGGGCAAAGAACCGCUGGUUGCUCCGAGUCCCCAAUGGCAUGAAGGCACAAUCCCAUGCCGAAAGUAGAGCCGAACAGCCUGAGGAUGAAGGUCUUCUUGCACUGCAGCAGGAAGUCUAUAAGCAGGAUGAUGCCUUUGAUGGCGUUGACUCUCUUCCUCCCGAAUGUGAUCCAUCCGCCACCCCCGGAGGCCCAACGUUAGCCGCUUUGUCUCCGGAGGUCAUAGCAAAGCGCAAGGAGCGUCUAGACCACCUGAAAUCGGAGAGUGCCGAACGAUGGGCUUCCCGAAAGCGCCGGCGCCGCACUCGUGGGUGGGCUGGGUUGCCAGCCGAUCCGCCUGGACCUCCUCGCUUCCCUUCGGAGACGACGAUCGACGAGAGUAAACAGUAUCUAAAUCUGGACAAUAAUAUGUACCGCCAGCUCAGAGAUCAUUUCCAAAGGAUAUGCGAAGAAGCGGGUUUCAUCAAGAAAACCAUCGCUGGCCCGGAAAGAUGGCAAGCGGCCAAGGACAAAUUGAUCCAGGAGUCUCCUCAUCUCCAGCAGGUUUUCAAUGCCGAACCCAAUCAGCGCGAUGCGAAGGCUCUGGCUCUCGACGUUGUCUGUAUGGAUGUCACCAAGCGGAUGAGAACAUUGGAGCGGCGAAUGACCAUCGCCGAGGCGAAGAACGUCCUGGGUGUUAACCCGGAGGAAAGUCGCCAGAUUCGGAAUGCCUUCUACGACACUCUCAAAGCAGAUCAUUUCACAAGCAAACUGGAAGCGGGCGAUGAACACUGGCAGGAACUGAAGGCACAAUGGAUCCGCAACUCAGCAUUGCUUCAACGAAUCCUCGAACCAGGAACGGCCGAUCCUGAGCACACGGCCCGGUUAAAAGCUUUAGAGGUCCUAUGUCGUGAUGUGAUGAAGCGUCUCCGUGAUGAUCAAGCAAAGCGGGAUCCUGCUCGCAAGCGAUCUACCCCACGUGCCGAUUCGCAGAACCCGGCGUCAAAUGGCCCACCGUCAGGCAACAUCCUUGACAACGGGAUCAAUAAUGGAAUCAGUACCCUUGCAUCUCAGGCACUUGCAAGCGCCCCGAUCAGCGCCAGCGAGAUCGGUGACAUGCAGAUUGAUCCCUCUUUGCUACAGGCAGCUAACGAUCCGUCCUCCUUUUCAGCUAACGCACAGCACGAGGCGGGCAGCGCCUUUGAAUACAUGGACCCCAUUUUGCAUACCACGUUGCUUCAUACCCCCGUUUGGCUCCAGAUCAGCUCACACACCCAGGUCCAGGGAAUACCGGCCAAAACUUGGGUGGAGAAGCUAGCAACGCGGUCCGUUGAAGAAAUAAGACAAUUGAUCGCUGCCAAAUACCCUUACACGAUCAUCAGCAAGAUCGAGGGUAUCGACAAGGAUGAGCAUGGAAACGACUCUUCUUUCCACAUUGAUGAAGACCACGAAUUGGAUACUUAUUUGGCCCAAGUUCACGGAAGAAAAGCAUUGCUCGUGUUGACGUUGGGGCAAAUGUAA